AUGCUGUCCAAGCUUUUCUUCCUCGCUCUGGCCCUCACACCCUUUGUCUCGGCGCAUGGCAAGGUCACGGUCGUGACAGGGGACGCCGGUGGCAACGGCACGGCCCUAGCAAUCAAGGGUGGCGUCGUCCCGGGAACGGGUCCAAACACCAAGACUGAAGUAGACACUACCGUCUUCAGCAAGACCAACAUCCUCUCCGACGGGCUGGGCAAGACCACCGGCUCCGGCAAGAACACCAUCUCCAUGGUGGUAGAAGCCAUGAGCCUGUCGGGCACCACCCUGCCUCAAAUCACAGCAGGCGGUAAUAUCUCGGGCACCUUCCACAUCGUGACCACUGACGGUGCCGGCCCGAUCCAAGCCGUUCUCGACCCGACCGCCACGGGGAAGUUCUCCACCGGCAUCCCGCUCACCGUGCUCGAGCAGAUCCCGGGUAAGAACGGCAAUAUCGCGGCAUCCAAGAAGCAGCAGCAGCAGCAGCAGCAGCAGCAGCAGAGGAGAACACUCUGGCGGCGCGCGCUAGAAUCUACGGGCCGUCUCGUCCUUCUGAAGAGAGCGGCCAACGUCAACCAGAGCUUCGACUUCAAGUUCUCCGUGCCUGCGGGCACGACGUGCACUGGGACGGUGGCGAGCAUGACCGGGGUGUGUCUGGUCAAGAUUGCCAACUCGAACAAGGCAGGGCCGUUCGGGGGCGUUGUUCCUGUCCAGAUGGUCGGCGCUGGGGGUGCGGCUGCGGCUGCGGCGCAGGCAGCGGCAUGCGGGAGGUCGUUUAGGGCUUAA